UGCCCCUGCGAGCAAGGCUUGUUGGAGGCGACCAUACUAUGGUGUAAGGAAGCGAAGUGCCCGUGUAAUUCAUUAUUAGUUUGAAACAGACAAUAUAAAACUCCGACCUUUUGUUUAUUUUAUUGGAAAUUGUUAUAAUGUAACGGCAUCUCAAUGCACGGGCACGCUUUUAAAUGAGGCACGCGUAAAGUGGAGACUUAAACGCUGUUGAGUUGAUGUUCUGGUCUCAUCAUUAUCAUCACCAGCAGUAUCAUUAGAAGCUAACUGGCAUUUUGUUUUCGGGGGCUUCGGCGAGAAGUGACAAGAAUCUAAGACCCCUCCUCUGCAGGGCGGAGCGUGCAUUUUGAUGUCGAUUUUGUAUCUUUUUUCUUCUCUGACACGUCCGCACUGAGUGAAUGGCAUUGGCACAUUGUCAAUCGCUCACUACCGCUGCCAUCAAACAACAUAAAGCACACACAGCCCGCGCGCUCGACUCAUAAAUUUCCGUCAGCAGAUAUUUUUGCGCAUCGCUUUAUGGCGCGUGAUUAAUUUUUUUGUCCAGUUUUUCUAUUUUCCCCACUGAAAGUGAGAAAACUUUUUUAUACGUUUUUAUAUUUUUUCCUACAAUCUUUAUAGCUCUGGUCACAGGUGAUGAUGGUUUAAUUUAUUUCACUUGGCUUCUUUUAUUUUCUUAUAUUUUUAUUUUUGGAAAGUCUUUUCAAAGGCAAUAUUUUGCCAGUUUUUCCACACUCAAUGCGCUUAUUUGUAAUUGCAUAUUUAAUAACCAAGCAUGGGAUGUUUUGCUUGCAACUCUUUGUAACACUACGGAUUUGUCCAAGUUUUCCUGAAGCGCACAAGACGGCAUUAUCCUAAGAAGACCGCGAAUAAGAAUUCCAGACAUCUGCAAAGGACCCCAUCUCUUCAAAGAAAAAAAAUAAAUUGGCAUGAAGAUUCGGACAGGAUUGAACGGGCAACCACUGUCACCUGAACGCUGAAGUUUACUUAAAUAAUAGGCGAGAAAUAUCGCUUUUUUUUCCUCCAAUGGGCAUACUUACAGGAGGAUCAAAGACGAUUUAAAUCUUUUCCACAAAGUGAUUCCUGGAACAUCAAUUCCACUGCAUUUCAUCCAGCGAUUUAUUGUGUUUGCUACUUCGCUUCACGGUCACUGUUUUGUGCACGAUAGCAACCCGUUAACCACUGCACAUGAAAUAAUCAAGUUGUUUUUGCAUGUGCAUUAUCCGAUUUUAUUUCACCCAUCUCAGUGACUGAGCACGAGCGCAUUGAUUGUGUUGCGGCAGACUAUGGACGAGCAAGCCCGGAUCCUGCAGGCUCUCGGCGGUGUCAACCUGGCCGGUCACUCGGUACAGGGAGGCAUGGCUCUGCCGCCUCCACAUGGACACGACGGAAGCGAUGUGGAUGGAAGAAAACAAGACAUCGGUGACAUUCUGCAUCAGAUCAUGACCAUCACCGACCAAAGCCUGGACGAGGCGCAAGCAAAGCAUAGGAAACAUGGGCUCAACUGUCACAGAAUGAAGCCAGCUCUCUUCAGUGUCCUCUGCGAGAUCAAAGAGAAAACAGGUCUAAGUAUCCGCGGGGCUCAGGAGGAGGACCCACCCGAUCCACAACUGAUGCGUCUUGACAACAUGCUUCUGGCAGAGGGAGUGUCAGGACCGGAGAAGGGCGGAGGAUCGGCGGCGGCGGCAGCGGCAGCGGCAGCAGCCGGCAGUCCCACUGACAACUCCAUCGAGCACUCUGACUACAGGGCCAAACUCUCCCAGAUCAGACAGAUAUACCAUACAGAGCUGGAGAAAUAUGAGCAGGCAUGUAACGAGUUCACUACCCAUGUUAUGAAUCUGUUGAGGGAGCAGUCUCGCACACGGCCCAUCUCGCCGAAAGAGAUCGAGCGCAUGGUCAACAUCAUCCAUCGCAAAUUCAGCUCCAUCCAAAUGCAGCUUAAACAGAGCACCUGUGAAGCAGUCAUGAUCUUGAGGUCCCGCUUCCUCGAUGCCAGACGGAAACGGCGGAAUUUCAGCAAGCAGGCGACCGAGAUCCUGAACGAGUAUUUUUACUCACAUCUUAGUAACCCUUACCCAAGCGAAGAGGCCAAAGAGGAGCUGGCUAAGAAGUGCAGCAUAACAGUAUCCCAGGGGGUGGGAACCACCAUCACAGUGGCACAGGUAUCCAACUGGUUCGGCAACAAGAGGAUCCGCUACAAAAAAAACAUUGGCAAGUUCCAGGAGGAGGCCAACCUGUAUGCCGCUAAGACAGCCGUGACUGCCGCGCACGCAGUAGCUGCCGCCGUACAGAAUAGUCAGACCAACUCACCCACCACACCCAACUCCGGAUUCCAGAUGAAAGAUGAAGAAUUUCAGCUGGACUCUGCAGAGAACAAAAACACUCUAUUAACCAACAUGUUCACUGGUUCGUCAGGUUCUUUUAACCUCCCAAACUCGGGGGACUUGUUCAUGAGCAUGCAGAAUCUGAAUGGGGAUUCUUACCAAGGGGCACAAGUCGGAGCCAAUGUGCACUCACAGGUGGAUACCCUGCGCCAUGUUAUCAGUCAGACGGCAGGAUACAAUGAUGCCCUGGGGGGGAAUCUCAUGUAUAGUCCACAUAGCUUGAAUGGUAAUGGGGGAUGGCAGGCUGCUACGACUCCAUCCUCUGUGAUCUCCCCUGCAGAAGGCCCUGGUAGUGUGCACUCUGAUACCUCGAACUGAUCUCCUCAUUGACAUGGAUCCUUCCCAAGCUGUGGACAACCAAUCACAGAAUUACAAAUCCACAGACUGACCAAUCAGAGACACAGAAUAAACUCUUAACGCUCAUCCAGAAACAUCAUCAUGGAAUCAUCCACAGUACCCUUCCACAGCGUUUUGGAAGCUGGAUAUUUCCUAGCCGUAACAUCAGUCCACUGCAGUUUUUACUAACAAUCUCUCCUCCGAUCAUAUUAAACAAUUAUGGUUUGUUUCUUUUAUCAUUUGAAGUGUGCAAACUCAAAAUGUAUGUUUAAAAAUUAGUGUUUUUUUUUUUUUCUUUUUUCUUGAGUUUAUUACUGGUCAUAACCCUCUCCAUUGUGCUAACUAACUGUCAGCAAAGCUUUAGGAAUACAUCUGGUACUGUACUUACAAAGUAUAUUCAUAUGAUGCUAACCGAUGCAUUUAACAGGGCUAAAUGCUACAGAAGGCAGCUUGGGGGAUUAAUUGCUGAUAUUUUUUUAGUUUUAUUAAUAUCUCAACUAGCAAUGACUAAAACAAGACCACCUAUAGCAGGCAAUCCACUCCAUUUUGGGGGGUGAUUUUUUGAAAUACCUGGCAAUUAAUGUCUUAAAAAAACACACAAAACGUAAUUAAUAUACAGUCCACUACAAUUAUUGAAGGUAAGUGUAGAAGAUGGGAAAAGGAAAUAUGGGUCAUCUUGUUGGACGCUCUUCUGGCAAUUUUCCAUUCAAAAACUUUCCGCUUUAUUACCUCAUUGAAAAACAUAGAAAACCAAUAGAUUUAAAACAUUUCUUUAGCUUAUAGCGCUCUCACUGACUACCUCUCAACAAAAAUCACCACCACCGUUUUUGUCUUUUACUUUCUGUCAUUCUUUUUUGUGUCUUUUUAAAAUACAUUUUAUACUUUUGUUAGAUUCGGUUCCAUCUUGUAUGAAAUUUGCUCUCUCUGACUCUCUCUUGCGCUUUAUGUAAUCUAAUGUAUAUUUUAACCUUCUAAGAAAACUUAGUUGCUUUGUUGCAACUUUUAAACAGAAAAAAAAAAACAAUAUUAAUAAUAUGAAUAAAACAGAGAGUAUGGAGAGCACAGUGGCUGGUGGAGGGGAAUUUUGUGCUGGAACAGGGAGGGGGAAAUACGAUCAUAAAAUUAACAGCAAACAGUUAAACUGUUGUAAAUACUGAAGAACAUUUUGAAUGUUGCUCAUCUUGUUACUAAUUCAUGCAAAAAAGACAUAAAAAAAUUAUAAACAAAAACCCAUGAUGAAAAAAGAAGAAAGGAAGAAAACCUGUAAUGUAUAGAGGUUUCAGUAUUCAGAAUUGUACAUUACAAAACCCUGUGUGACAGGGUUCUAACUGUCCUUCUCUUCUCUUUUUUUUCACUUUUUUUUGUAUCGUAUGUGAUUCUGAAACUAAAAAAAAAAAAAAAAAACAGUCAUACAAAAUUUAUUUGUGGCAGUGGUUCUAAUGUAUUAAAGAUGUUUCAUUUUUCUUUCUAACCAGACUACACCCUGGACUGAAAAGUCUUCCUUGUGGUAGUUAUGUGUAAUUUCGAUGAAUAAAAUGUUUUCCUUUCAUUGACA